AUGAAUGCUUUAUAAAAUGUUUUAAUUAAUAAGCUAGAUGAUUAGUAAGAAGAAGCAAGAGAAUAGGAAUAUAGGGAUUUAAUAGGACCAUUUUUUUUUAAAAGAAAAUUCAAAAUUGUUUUUACAAAAAAUAAAGAAGUUAAAAUGAUAUCUUCAGAUGGAGAGAUAAUAAGAAGGUAAAGAAAAUAAUCUUCAACAUUAAGUUAUAUUAUGACAAAUUGUUGCUAUAAAAAUCUAGAAAUACCCUUUAAUUUUGAAUAAGUUAAACAUUUACAAUGGAUAGGAAAGUAUCAGGAUAUGAAAAAAGUUGGAAAGUGGACAGCAACAUGGAACAAUAAAAUAUUAGUUGAUGUUGGUGGUUAGUAUUGUUAAAAAGGAAUGAAAUAAGGUCAAUGGAAAGAACUAUUUAAGAAUUUUUAUGAGUAUUAUUUAUUUUUAUAGUUUAAGCAAAGCAUAAGUUUUUGAAGAAGGAGAUUACAUAAAUAAUUUGAGAACAGGGAAAUGGAGUAUUAUUUAUGAAAAUAAGUUAAUGUAAUUAUUAAUCAAUAUUUAAAGUGGGGGAGGAAUUUAUAAUGAAAAAGGUUAAAAAUAUGGUUAAUGGAUUGAGUUGAAUGAUUAUUUCUAAAAGUAUAAAGUUUUAAUGUAGAUUUAUCAUUAGUGAUAAUUAAAUAAUAUAUUAAGGAGAAUAUUAUAAUUGCAAGAAGGCUUGCAUAUGGAAUAUAUAUAGAAAAAGGUUAGCCAUCUUCCUUAAUAUAAAUUCAUGUAAAAAGACAGGAAAUUAGUCCUUAGAAAUAAUGUAAAUAAUAAAUAGAUUUUAGUGGUAUGGAAAAAUACGAUCAAUAGGGUCGAAAGAAUGGAAAAUGGGUUGAGUUAAGUGAACAUUUUUAAAAGUAUUAUAUUAAAAUAAUGUAAUAUUUAGAGAAACUUAGAUUAUUUAUUGUGGUGAAUAUAAUAAUGGUAAGAAAUGUGGAAUUUGGGAUAUUUAUCAUUAGACAUAUAGUAAUAGACCAUUUUAUUUGAUGUAGAUUAAAUUAUUAUUAAAUAAUUAUAGUGGAUGUGGUAUAUAUAAUGAUUAAGGUUUGAAAAUUGGAAUGUGGUUUGAAUAGAGUGAAAAUUUUUAGAAGUUUUUAAUAAUUAUAGUUAUAAUAGUAAUGGUUAAAUAAUUUAUGAAGGUCAAUAUAAAAAUGGAAUAAAAAUUGGGAAAUGGUAUAUAAAAUCAAAGAGUGGUUAAAUAUUAGAAAGAAUGUAUAAAUUUAAAAAAAAUGUAAUUCUUAGUGGUUAUGGAUCUUAUGAUGAACAAGGACUUAAAAAUGAUAUUUGGUUAGAAUUAAGUGAAAAUUAUUAGAAGUUUUAAUAAUUUCUUAUGAUAUAGUUGCAAUAGUGAGAUCACUUAUUAUGGAAAAUAUAAAAACAAUAAAAAAAUUGGAAAAUGGGAAAUUUAAAACAAAAAAUUUAAUAAGAAUCCAUAUGAAUUGAUGUAAGUAAUAUUAUAUAUAAAAUUAAUAUAUUAGAGGUGGUGGAUUAUAUAACGAUUAAGGUUUAAAAUAUGGUAAUUGGAUAGAUUUGAUUGAAGAUUUUUCGAGGUGUUAUUUUAAUUAAAUAUGUAAAUUAGUUGGAAAGAGAUCAUUUGUAAGGGUGUUUUUCAUAAUGGAGGUAAGAUUGGUAGAUGGGAUUUAUAAUUUAGAUCUCCGUAGAGUAAUUACUUUCGUAAUAUGUAUUUAUUAAGUGAAUUAAUUUUUAGUGGUGGUGGAUCUUAUGAUAAUAACAAUUUUAAGAAUGGAAGUUGGAUUGAUAUAUGUGCUGAUUUCUCAAAGUUUUAUUUUUUUAUUCUUAUUAUUAGAAAUUAAAGAGUAGUUCAUAAAGGAGUAUAUGACCAUGGUAAAAAGAUUGGAUUAUGGGAGGAAAUAAGAUUAUGUGAAGAUAAUGGAAGUUUGAAAAUGUAUGAAAUAAAAAUUUAUAUUUAGAGGACAAAAAAAGUAUGAUUGA